AUUUCUCAAACUCAAAAAAUCUAGUAGCAUCAUCCCAACACUACUACAACCAAGGCACACCCACUUCGCCAAUUUGCCGCAUCAUAUUUCACAUUUCAGUACCUCUUUUAAAGUUCGCUUCGACAGAGCUGGCGACACCAACGCUGCCGGCCCCCUUUACCUGGCGCCCUCUCUCUCUCUCUUCUUCUGUCGAUCACCUCAUUUCAAUCCCAAUUCAACUCCUCUUUCUCUCUCCUCUUUUCCCACUUCCAAAUCACUCAAUUUCUGCUUCCAAUUUGAUUUCUGAAUCAAUUCUUGUCGAAUUUCAUCGGAUUAACAUUCAAGAAUUCCUCAAUUUCAUCCUCCUCAUCAUCAUCUUCAUCAUCGUCGUUUGUUAAUGGUGGAAUUUGAAUUUGAAUUUGAAUUGGAAUUGGAAUUGGUAUUGGGAUUGGAAUUGGUAUUGGGAUUGGAAUUGGUGAUUGAAUUUGAAUUGAGUUGAAUUGUUGAUCGAUAAACCUGGAGAAGAUUCAUCAAGGGAGGUAUAAUCAGAAGAACUGGGGGCGAAUCAGUCUCGGCAAAGACCGGCAAAUGCCGGUUUAGGGUUCUGGUUUCUACGCUCAAAUGUCCCCAAAGCUCACACUCUAGAAUACCUUCCACAAAUGGACUUUGUAAGCCGACAUUCCGCGACACCCACAACUGCCACCACCACUGCUGAUCAACACCGUAACCCGGAACCCGCUGUGCCGCCUUCGUCUUCUGCCCCGCCUGUUGCUGAGGAGCCUGAGUACUUGGCUAGGUACUUAGUGAUUAAGCAUUCGUGGCGAGGGCGGUACAAGAGGAUAUUGUGCUUGUCUAAUGUGGGUAUUAUUACGCUUGAUCCUUCUACAUUGUUAGUCACGAAUUCGUAUGAUGUUGGGAGUGAUUUCGAAUGGGCGUCCCCGAUUUUGGGGCGUGAUGAGAAUUCUGUUGAGUUUAAUUUGAGUGUUAGGACUGAUGGGAAAGGGAAGUUUAAGUCUAUAAAGUUCUCGUCGAGGUAUCGAGCUAGUAUUUUGACUGAGUUGUAUAGGAUUAAAGGGAUUAAGGUUGGUGCUGUGGCUGAGUAUCCUGUGCUUCAUCUUCGGAGGCGGAAUUCCGAGUGGGUUCCUUAUAAAAUAAGGGUUACAUCAAUCGGAGUUGAACUUGUUGACUUGAAUUCUGGGAACCUUCGUUGGUGCUUAGAUUUCAGAGACAUGAACUCCCCUGCUAUUAUUCUGCUGUCUGAUACCUAUGGAAGAAAAGGUGGUGAGCAUGGUGGUUUUGUGCUUUGCCCAUUAUAUGGAAGAAAGUCAAAAGCAUUUCAAGCUGCUUCUGGGACAUCAACCAAUGUGAUAAUAUCAAACCUGACCAAAGUUGCAAAAACCAUGGUUGGGGUAUCACUUUCUGUGGAUAGUUCGCAAUCGCUCUCUGCUGUCGAGUAUAUUAAGCAAAGGGCUAAAGAGGCGGUUGGAGCAGAUGAAACUCCCUGUGGGGGUUGGUUGGUGACAAGACUCAGAACUGCGGCUCAUGGAACUGUAAAUCUUCCAAGUUUGAGUUUAGGGAUUGGGCCAAGAGGAGGGCUAGGGGAUUAUGGCGAUGCUGUAUCACGUCAACUGAUACUGACAAAAGUCUCUCUGGUUGAGAGGCGGCCAGAUAACUAUGAGGCUGUCAUCGUUCGUCCAUUAUCUGCUGUUAGUGCUCUUGUCCGGUUCGCUGAAGAGCCACAGAUGUUUGCAAUUGAAUUUAAUGAUGGUUGCCCAAUUCAUGUCUACUCAAGCACAUCUCGUGAUAGCUUGCUUGCUGCAGUUCGUGAUCUGUUGCAGACUGAAGUUCAGUGUGCGGUGCCAAUUCUACCACGAUUAACAAUGCCUGGUCAUCGCAUUGACCCACCUUGUGGGAGAGUUCGUCUGCUGAAGUUGCAACAUCCUGCUGCUGAUAUUGAAAGUGUAUCAAUGCAUUUGAAACAUCUUGCAGCUGCUGCCAAAGAUGCUGUUGCUGAAGGCGGUUCUAUUCCCGGUUCAAGAGCUAAGCUUUGGCGCAGAAUUAGGGAAUUCAAUGCAUGUAUUCCAUACAGUGGAGUGCCUCCAAACAUUGAUGUACCAGAAGUGACAUUGAUGGCUUUAAUAACAAUGUUGCCUGCCACACCAAAUCUUCCUCCAGAGUCCCCACCCUUGCCCCCACCUUCUCCCAAAGCAGCUGCGACAAUUACUGGAUUUAUAUCAUGCCUACGUAGAUUGUUGGCUUCAAAAAGUGCAGCUUCUCAUGUCAUUUCUUUUCCCGCGGCUGUCGGAAGAAUAAUGGGUCUGCUUAGAAAUGGUUCUGAAGGUGUAGCUGCUGAAGCUGCUACCCUUGUUGCAUUAUUGAUUGGUGGUGGUCCUGGCGACACAAGUGCUUUGACUGACACCAAAGGGGAGAGGCAUGCAACUUUCAUGCAUACAAAGGCAGUUUUGUUUUCCCAUCACAGUUAUGUAGUCAUCCUUGUGAACAGAUUGAAACCCAUGUCAGUUUCACCGUUGCUAUCUAUGGCAGUAGUUGAGGUUUUGGAAGCUAUGAUUUGUGAGCCUCAUGGAGAAACAACUCAGUACACUGUAUUUGUUGAACUAUUGCGACAAGUUGCUGGCUUACGGCGUCGCCUUUUUGCCUUGUUUGCUCAUCCUGCCGAAAGUGUGAGGGAGACAGUUGCAGUCCUCAUGCGCACAAUAGCUGAGGAAGAUGCCAUAGCUGCUGAAUCCAUGCGUGAUGCUGCUUUGCGAGAUGGUGCUUUGUUGAGGCAUUUGUUGCAUGCUUUUUUCCUACCUGUAGGUGAAAGGCGUGAUAUUAGUCGACAGCUUGUAGCUCUCUGGGCUGACUCUUAUCAACCUGCUCUUGAUUUAUUGUCAAGAGUCCUGCCGCCAGGGCUUGUUGCAUAUCUACAUACACGCUGUGAGGAAGUUGAAGAUUCAAAUGAUCCAUUAAGCACGUCAAUCAGUCGGAGACAGAGACAGAGACGACUACUUCAACAGAGGAAGCGACGGACUGUGAAAUCCUCCAUAACCGAGGAGCAUCUCAUGACAUCUGCAGAUACCAAUGAUAUUGAUGAUAUUGCAAAGCAGACAGAUGCCCAUAGGGUCCUUGAUCAGAGACCUAUACCGGAGAUGCAUGCUGGAGCGCAUUCUACACCUGUUCAGCCAAGAGAAAACCUAAGUACUGAUAUGCCCCCUUCUGCUCCAGAACAUGAUCAUACAGGUUCUGAUGUUCCAUUUGAUGGUCAAUCAGCCAAUAAUGGUCCUUUUGAUACUGUUGCUUCAAAUUCAGCUGAUUCCGAUGUGAAUGUGGGUGGGCUGCAGAACUCAGGGGUUCCUGCUCCUGCUCAGGUUGUUGUAGAGAGCGCACCAGUUGGAUCUGGGAGAUUGUUGCUUAACUGGCCUGAGUUUUGGCGAGCAUUCAGCCUUGAUCAUAAUCGUGCAGAUCUUAUCUGGAAUGAACGUUCUCGGCAAGAGCUUAGGGAAUCAUUGCAGGCAGAGGUUCAUAAUCUGGAUGUGGAGAAAGAGCGUACAGAAGAUAUAGUUCCUGGAGUUUCAACCACUGAGAAUAUGGCUGGGUCAAAUGAUGUGCCUCAAAUAUCAUGGAACUACUCUGAGUUUUCUGUUAGGUAUCCUAGCUUGUCUAAAGAAGUUUGUGUGGGUCAAUACUAUCUUCGUUUGCUUCUUGAGAUUGGCAAUAGUGGCAGAGCACAAGAUUUUCCACUCCGGGACCCUGUUGCUUUCUUUAGAGCUCUAUACCAUAGGUUCUUAUGCGAUGCUGAUGUAGGGCUCACUGUGGAUGGUGUUAUACCUGAUGAACUUGGCAAAACUGAUGAUUGGUGUGAUAUGGGAAGGCUGGAUGGUUUUGGUGGUGGAGGCGGGUCUUCUGUAAGAGAGCUGUGUGCACGGGCUAUGGCGAUUGUCUAUGAACAGCAUUGCCUCACUGUUGGACCUUUUGAAGGCACUGCUCAUAUAACUGUGCUCCUAGAUAGGACUGAUGAUCGAGCCUUGAGGCACCGUCUGCUUCUUCUACUGAAGGUGUUGAUGAAGGCUUUGUCAAAUAUUGAGGCCUGUGUCUUGGUUGGAGGAUGUGUAUUAGCUGUAGAUUUACUGACAGUGGUUCAUGAAACUUCUGAAAGAACUACCAUUCCGCUGCAAUCUAACCUUAUUGCUGCAACUGCUUUUAUGGAGCCCAUGAAAGAAUGGACGCUCAUUGACAAGGUUGGUGUUCAAGUUGGGCCAAUGGAGAAGGAUGCUAUUAGAAGGUUGUGGUCAAAGAAUGAAAUCGACUGGACAACAAAAUGUCAGGCAUCAGGAAUGACAGAUUGGAAAAAGUUGCGUGAUAUUCGUGAGCUUCGGUGGGCGCUGGCUGUUCGAGUGCCAGUUCUCACUCCUACACAGGUUGGGGAGGCUGCAUUGUCCAUUUUGCAUAGCAUGGUUGCCGCCCGGUCUGAUCUAGAUGAUGCUGGUGAGAUAGUCACCCCAACACCUAGGGUGAAGCGUAUCUUAUCCAGCCUACGUUGUCUUCCGCAUAUUUCUCAGGCUAUGCUCUCUGGAGAACCGAGUAUUGUGGAAGCUGCUGCUGCAUUGCUAAAGGCUGUUGUUACAAGAAAUCCCAAGGCAAUGAUACGGCUUUAUAGCACUGGGGCAUUUUAUUUUGCCCUUGCCUACCCUGGGUCUAAUCUUCAUUCCAUUUCACAACUUUUCCACAUGACGCAUGUGCAUCAAGCAUUUCAUGGCGGGGAAGAAGCAGCUGUUUCUUCUUCAUUGCCAUUGGCUAAACGUAGUGUUUUGGGUGGCCUCCUCCCAGAAUCCUUGCUAUAUGUAUUAGAGCGCUCUGGACCAGCUGCAUUCGCUGCAGCUAUGGUCUCUGAUUCUGAUACUCCAGAGAUUAUAUGGACACACAAAAUGAGGGCUGAGAAUCUCAUUCGACAGGUUUUGCAGCAUCUUGGUGACUUUCCUCAGAAGUUGUCCCAACAUUGCCAUGCACUUUAUGAUUAUGCUCCUAUGCCACCAGUUACUUAUCCUGAACUAAGGGAUGAAAUGUGGUGCCAUCGUUAUUAUCUCAGGAAUUUGUGUGACGAGAUACGAUUUCCAAAUUGGCCUAUCGUUGAGCAUGUUGAGUUUCUACAGUCAUUAUUGGCAAUGUGGCGUGAAGAGCUGACACGAAAGCCCAUGGAUCUUUCUGAGGAAGAAGCUUGCAAGAUAUUGGAGAUAAGUUUUGAGGACUUGUCGGCUGAAGAAUCCUCAACAAGUUCUGAGGAAAAUGGGAGCUUGUCCAAGAAAAUUGAGAAUAUUGAUGAAGAAAAAUUGAAACGACAGUAUAGGAAAUUGGCAAUCAAAUAUCAUCCUGACAAAAAUCCUGAAGGACGGGAAAUAUUUCUUGCAGUUCAGAAAGCUUAUGAGCGCCUGCAGGCUUCUAUGCAAGGUUUGCAAGGUCCACAGCUAUGGAGGGUGCUGCUUUUAUUGAAGGGACAGUGUAUCUUAUACAGACGUUAUGGACAUGUUUUAGAACCGUUUAAGUAUGCUGGAUAUCCAAUGUUGCUCAGUGCAAUCACUGUGGACAAAGAUGAUAAUAAUUUUUUGUCAUCUGAUAGAGCAUCACUUCUCGUUGCAGCUUCUGAGCUUACUUUCCUCACAUGUGCAUCUUCCUCUUUGAAUGGAGAAGAGCUUGUGAGGGAUGGUGGGAUACAGCUUCUUGCAACUCUUCUUUCUCGUUGUAUGUGUGUUGUACAGCCAACUACUGCGGCGAGUGAACCCUCUGCAAUUAUUGUCACAAAUGUGAUGCAAACAUUUGCUGUUUUGAGCCAAUUUGAGAUUGCUAGGGUUGAGAUGCUUCAAUUAUCUGGUCUAAUUGAGGAUAUUGUACAUUGCACUGAACUUGAGUUGACUCCUGGAGCGGUUGAUGCUGCUCUUCAGACAAUUGCUCAUCUUUCUGUUUCAUCUGAACUGCAAGAUGCACUGAUAAAGGCAGGGGUGCUAUGGUACCUAUUGCCUUUGUUGCUUCAGUAUGAUUCUACGGCAGAAGAAUCUGAUGUGAUAGAGACACAUGGCGUUGGUGCCAGUGUUCAAGUUGCUAAAAACUUGCAUGCUGCUCGAGCAUCUGAUGCCCUAUCGAGGCUUAGUGGUCUAUGUACAGAUGUGGUUCCAGUGCCAUAUAAUGAAGCUACAGUUGUUGCCCUUCAGGCUCUGCUAACCCCUAAGCUGGCUAGUAUGUUGAAGGAACAAACACCAAAAGAACUAUUGUCAAAAGUAAAUUCCAAUUUGGAGUCCCCAGAGAUUAUAUGGAAUUCUUCAACACGGUCUGAACUGUUGAAGUUUGUUGAGGAGCAGCGUACAUCACAAGGUCCUGAUGGCUCAUAUGAUCUUAAAGAUUCACAUGAAUUCACAUAUACUUCUCUAUCCAAGGAGCUCUGUGUUGGAAAUGUUUACUUAAGGGUCUACAAUGAUCAACCAGAUUUUGAGAUCAGUGAACCAGAAGGUUUCUGUAUUGCCCUUGUUGAUUUUAUCUAUUCUAUAGUACAUGAGCAAAGCCCUACCACUUUACUUCCGAGUACUGAAGAUCUAAGUACCUCCAAAAAUACGAAGUCUGAAUAUGAAAAUGAAUUGGAAGAUCAGUCACAUGGUCAGCUGACUACUAGUCGUGAUGAUUCUUUUGUUGUUUCUGAUGCAAAGGUUUCAAAAGAAGAUGAUUCAAGUGUGCUGAAAAAACUACAGUCUGCGUUGACUUCACUUAAGAACUUGUUGACUAGUAAUCCAAAUUUGGCUUCCGUUUUUUCAACCAAGGAAAGGCUUUUACCUAUAUUUGAAUGCUUUUCGGUUUCUGAUGCAUCCACUACUGGAAUAUCUCAACUGUGCUUGAAUGUGCUGUCUCUCUUGACUGCUUAUGCUCCCUGUUUAGAAGCUAUGGUUGCUGAUGGAUCUAGUCUUCUUCUACUACUUCAAAUGCUCCAUUCUUCUCCGAGCUGUCGUGAAGGUGCUCUUCAUGUACUUUCAGCCUUAGCAAGCACAUCAGAACUUGCAUGGGCAGCUGCGAAGCAUGGUGGAGUAGUUUACAUUCUCGAAAUUUUGCUUCCUUUGCAAGAAGAAAUAUCUUUGCCGCAGAGAGCGGCUGCAGCCUCUUUGUUAGGUAGACUUGUUGGCCAGCCCAUGCAUGGGCCUCGUGUUGCUAUUACAUUGGCACGAUUCUUUCCAGAUGGUCUGGUAUCAAUAAUUAGAGACGGUCCUGGUGAAGCUGUGGUUUAUGUCCUUGAUCAAACAACUGAGACACCAGAACUUGUCUGGACCCCAGCUAUGGCAGCUUCAUUAUCUGCACAAAUUGCAACUAUGGCUUCAGAUUUGUAUAAGGAACAGAUGAAGGGCCCUGUUAUUGACUGGGAUGUACCUGAACAAGCAUCCAACCAGCAAGAAAUGAGAGAUGAGCCACAGGUUGCGGGAAUAUAUGUGAGAUUAUUCUUGAAGGAUCCGAAGUUUCCUCUUAGAAAUCCAAAAAGAUUCCUAGAAGGACUCCUUGACCAGUAUGUUUCAUCAGUGGCCGCUACACAUUAUGACACACAAGCUUCUGAUCCUGAACUUCCACUGCUUCUUUCUGCUGCGCUUGUAUCACUGCUACGAGUGCACCCUACCCUUGCAGAUCAUGUAGGAUACCUUGGGUAUGUGCCAAAACUCGUUGCUGCAAUGGCUUAUGAAGGAAGGAGAGAGACAAUGGCUUCAAGUGAUGCUAAAAGUGGAAGCUUGGAUGUGGAUGGUAGCUAUGAUACUGAAGAUGCUUCAUCACAGCCCAAUAAACAAACUCCAAGAGAACGUAUUCGUCUUAGCUGUUUGCGUGUGUUGCAUCAACUUGCAGCAAGUACAACAUGUGCUGAGGCUAUGGCCGCAACUAGUGCAGGAACUCCUCAGGUUGUUCCACUUUUGAUGAAAGCCAUUGGAUGGCAAGGUGGAAGCAUACUAGCCCUUGAGACUCUUAAACGUGUUGUGGUUGCUGGAAAUCGUGCCAGGGAUGCACUUGUCGCACAGGGGCUUAAGGUUGGGCUUGUCGAUGUUCUUCUUGGUCUGCUUGACUGGCGAGCAGGUGGAAGGAAUGGAUUUAGCUCACAGAUGAAGUGGAACGAAUCUGAAGCAUCAAUUGGCCGUGUGCUUGCUGUUGAGGUGUUGCAUGCAUUUGCAACAGAAGGAGCCCAUUGCAGUAGUGUGCGUGAGAUACUGGAUGCCUCUGAUGUAUGGAAUGCCUACAAGGAUCAAAGGCAUGACCUCUUUCUUCCUUCGAAUGCCCAAUCUGCUGCUGCUGGUGUUGCUGGCCUAAUUGAAAGCGAUUCUUCGAGAAUGACAUAUGCCCUAACAGCACCCCCAUCAGGGCCAUCACAAUCUUCCAUAACAAGGUCAUCUCCGUCUACAUCAAAUGGGGGGCAGGACCUAUACCAAUAAUAAGAAACUAUAGAAGAGUCUUUUGGUUUCUCUAAAGGACCUUGAAGUUUGUGUAUAGGUUUGUUGUAAAGUUUCUCAUUUUGUUUUGCUUUCUUAUUUUUUGUGGCUCGAUCUUGUUCAGAUUUGAGUGGGUUUUGUAUAGGUAUAACGCUACGAUCAUUGUAAAUGGCAUUUUUUGCUUUUGGUCCGAAGUACAGUAGAUAAGCAAGUAAUUAGUCUGAUGUUAGUGCAUGUUACCACUAAUCACUAACCACUUAACAAAACCUGUUUACUGCCUCCAAUACCCCUAGGAUUUUAUCAAUACUCAUACUAAUAUUUUGGGAUGAAA